AGGUUCGGGCCGAGGGCAGGAUCGCUUUUGGCGGCCCUGCGGAGGGCAGAGUACCACGACACCCAAGGAAGAGCCUGUGUAAAGCCACCGCGGGCCGACUGAAAACAGCACUUCUCACAGCGCUCCUCAUCCUCCCCAGCAUCGCACGGGAGGCUGCUCGCCGGCUCCCAGCAGUUGGGAGAGGAAGACCUUGGUGGCACGUUCUGUAUUUCCCUCGUGCGCGUCAAGGGAGCGGGGAGCUCCUGAGGAACUGCAGCCUCCCUGUUGCUGUGGACAUUGUGUAGUGCCUGGUGUGGCUGCUGCUGACACGGGGCACCCUGUCACUAACAGCAGCAUUGUCAUUUCCUGCUCUCUUUCCUCCUUGGCAGAGAGCACCAUGGAAUGUGGCUGUGGAGCUGGAAGGGGCUCUGGUAGGAGAGCACCUCUGUGGAGUCAGCAGAAAGCAAGACAUUAACCUUUAGUUCCACCAGCACCACAGCUGGGAACAGGGGGAAGGCACGUCCUGCUGGAGAAGGUCUCGGUUUCAUCAGUGCCAGGAAACAUGAGAACCAGAAUAGAAAUGAAAAGGAAGGAAGCAAACAAGUACACAUCAUUAUGCAGUUGUGAAAUGAGAGCAGAUGAAGAUUCAAAUGCAGAGAGGAGCUGAACAUGAGAAAGAGCAUGGGAAGAGAUGCAAGAGGGCCAGAGGGGAGAGCAAGAGGGAUACAGAACCUCUCACUUGUCAUUCUUGUGGAUCUUGUACCAUCUUAGCAGCAAAUAUGCUGGUGUUGCUGUUUCCUCAUGUGGGUUAGUUUACAGAUGAGACCUCAGCUUCAGCCAGGAAGUUCCACUGGCUGGUGGAGCAGAGCUCCAGUGAACACCCUUUCUUCUGGAGACACGUGUGGCUGGGCUGUGUGUGCCCAGCAUGGAGGGAAUCCUCCAGCAUGGAGGAUUCACUGUUGAUGCUGAUAGAAACUAGAGGGGAAGAAAUGGCAGAUGUGAGUAGGCUUUGCUCUGAAUAUGAAGAGUGGUGGCAGGCAGUGGAGAGCAGCUGAGGUUGUACCCACAGAGGCUGGGGGGACAGAGGGGCCUGCACCUGCUGACUGCUGCUCAUAUCCCUUUGGUGGCAAGAGUGACACAAGCUGUGUCACUGGUGGAUGUUCAUGUCCCUCGUGCCAGAGGUGGCAGAGAAAUAGAGGGAAGUGACAAUGAAGUGACAGGAGCUGGGAUCUGGGUCCUCACGGCCAGAGUGGGGGAGGGCUCUGCAGGGCCACGUACACCCCACAACCAGGACACUGUGGUCAAGCCCAUCCCUAUGUCAAACAGCAAGUCCCCGGGGGCUGGCAGGGCGUGUGUGUCCCCACCUGGGCUCAGCAGCGAGCGCAGCCCAGCGCCAGAUGGGUGUGGACAUCACCCCCUUGCCGUGCCGGCAGCGCCGCUUCCUCCAAGGGCUCCAUUCCGUGGUGCAAAGCAGAGCAGGCUCGGGUGGCGUGGGGAGGAGGUGCUGUGGGAAACUGGGGAAGUGGCAGGGAGCUGCUGGGCCGGGCCCUAGCGUAAUGGGAAAUGGCCAUCAGCCGCCCCCGGGGCAUUGCUCGGGUCUCAGGGCCGGGAGUAUGUGGUCAGGAUGAAACCAGAGGAGGAAUCAGAGAAGAGAGGCGAUAAGAACUGGGCUGAGGCAAGAGAAGGGGAAGCAUGUGAGCACAGAGGAAACUGCCAGGCCCAGCGGUGCAGGGGUGAGGUCCUGGCAAGGCUUCGGCUCCCCUUGGCUGAGCAGUGACCCCACACUGCAGGGAGAGACAGAGACUCCCGGCCGAUCCCACCAGCUUGGUCACCGUGAGGCUGUUGGGAAGCAUGGAGCUCUGGCUGGCCAACACCUUUCUGCCCCUGCUGCUCCUCAUCUGGCUGCUAGUUGGAACAGCCAGUCAGAUGGUAAAGCCAGUCACCACUGUGCAGCUUGAGAUUGGUUUGGAGAAUCUCACGGUGCAGGUGAAGUGGUACAAUCCUGAAUGUCUGGAGAGUGAGAAUCAAACCAACACUGUGUUUCUGGGAGAAAACUGUGUGAAUUUCACCAGCUCAAACCUGUGUACAGCCCUCACAGGAAUCUGUGUGUCUGGGGUCUCCAUCAUAGGACCAAACUCGACAGAUGCUGGAAAUCAAACCAACACUUUGUUUCUGGGUGAAAACUGUGUGAAUUUCACCAGCUCAAACCUGUGUACAGCCUGCACAGGAAUCUGUGGGUGUAGGGUCUUCAUCACAAGACCAAACUCGACAGACACUGGAAACAGCACACAAGCAGCAGAUCGCAGCUGUGGCUGUCCAGGACCUCAGACUGAUGUCACAGGGAAGAUCUGGACAGGACUCAACCUCCUCCUGUGCAUCCUCCUUGGCUUAGCGGUCGGGACGCUCCUUUACAUGCCGAUAAUUGGCUUCCUGCUGUGGCAGUGCAGAAGGAACAGAACAGGAGAGCUCAUGAGCGGGGAAGUGGCAGAGGGGAAUCAGGUCAGUACGGCAGCCCCGGUGACAGGGACUGAGGAUCUGACUUAUGCCAACCUGAAUUUUGAAAAGAAGGGGACAGCAUCUGCCUCCUCCAAUGUCAUUUACACUGAGAUCAAGCCAUUGCAACAGAAGCAGAGUGGUGGGGAUGGCAGUGCUGCCAGCACAGAGGUGGAUGUCUCCCCCAAGGAAUAGGGCAAUGAGGGAGGUGAGCAGCUUAUCAUCCACCUGUUGGGGUCAUCCUCCUCAAAAACUAGAUGUUAGCUCAUACAGCAGUGCAGUCUUGGGGACCAAAGGGCACCUAUUACCCCUGAGUGGCUGCAGAACCCUGCUUUAUGUUCCCCUGGAAGAAGCCAUGUCUCACAGUGAGGACAGGACUCUUGAGCCCAUUUUCCCCUUGCCUUCUGCAGCUCCAAGCACUGCCACGCCUCAGCAACUAUUUUCACUGUCUCCAGUUGCUGACAGGCUCCUCUAGCUGCUUGUUCUGUGUUCAGGAAUGACACCAUACACUGUGUGGCCAACAUGGUGUUCAGGAAGAGCUUGGUCCUGCACGUGCUGGGUGGCAUGUGCUGGCCGUGAGAAGUCCUGGAGCAAUUUUCUGGAUUUUCUCUGGAGCAGGCACCUGCUGUGAUGUGGGUUGACCUUUGUUUUGUUCACUCACUUGAAACACAAGGGGCAAGGAUGAAAAAGCAUCGUUUGCUUCACAGAGGUGGUGCUGCAUUGAUGCACAUGGAUCUGCUUUGUACUGGGAGUGGCUAGGUGCUUUUUGCUGGUUUGGUGGUGAAUACCCUUCUUGUAGGCAGAGCACUCUCUUUUGUGCCCUCUUUUAUUGAUAACGUUGUGUUUAUUGUGAGUUUUUCAGUAAAAUCAUGAUUCCCA